AUGAAAAAGGUCAAUUUGUAUUCCGCCAUUGCUCUCCGCAAUGAGUGCGACGAGGCGCUGCCAGAUAUAAUGGCUCGGCUGGGAUACAGCCAAUCGUUUUUCAACACCGAUUUCAAGCUUCUCGUGGGGUAUCUAUCGGUUGGGGCUAGCGCGUUGAUGUACUGGCUGGAGAAGAAAUACAACAACGACUUCUCAAACUCGGAAUAUGUCAAUUACACGACGGUGCUAGUGGUGGUGUUUUUCAUCCUGAACGGCAUAUGGGUUGGAUUUUCCAAGUUUGUCGAAAAGAACGUCAAGUACGUUGGCACCAAGGGCUCGAAAAAAGUGACAAUCAGCACCAAGCUCAAACGGCAAAAACACCAUCCAACAUACGCUCGAAAUGCCCAAGGUGUUUAA